AGAGUGUAGGUUGCAUGGAUAGAAUGGCUGGAGGAGUAGGUUUUGCCAGGCUGAGAGGUUUAAAUGUUAUCCUUGAAAUAAUGCUGUAAGAAGGCAGGGUAGAUAUCGUUAUUCUCAUUUUUCACAUUAAGAAACUUAGGUUCCAUGUAGAAUAAGUGGUAGGGCUAGUAUUAGAAUUCAGUUCUGAUUCUCUCCUCUGUCCACUCCACAACAAGGUUGGUGUAUUACUAGCUGUAUUAGUGUGAAUUACAAGUUCUGGGGGUGGUGUGAUAUUGGAGAGCUCACAGGCCAAGUGGGCAGAGAGAGAUUCAGGACUUACUUCCUAGCAACUAUUGUUCUCCCCCUGCUCUGGGCUGUAGGUUCAGCAGUGCCUGCGGCUAGCCCAGCGGGGAACAGAGGAAAAGGAGCGAGAAAGGGCGCUGGUUAGCCUUCGCCGAGCCUUGCAGCACCUUGAGACGCAGCAGACAUUCAUCCGGCUGGAGGGCAGCAUGCGGACCCUGGUUGGGCUCCUGACCAGCAAUCACGCCCUGCUACAGCUUGAGGCAGCUCGGUGCCUACAUGAACUCUCUCAUUCUGAGCAGUCUGUGGUGGCUGAGGCCUGCCUGCCAGCCACUUCCUACCUCCUCACCUACCUCUCCGGUCACAGCUCAGACUUCAUAGAGCUGUGUCUGUAUACACUGGGUAACCUGAUUGUGGAGAGUGAAACUGUGAGAAGGCAGCUCCUGCCACAGGGCAUUAUUCCAGCCUUAGCUGUCUGCAUCCAGUCCCCCCAUGUGGCUGUGCUGGAAGCACUUGGAUAUGCCUUAUCCCAGCUUCUUCAGGCUAAGGAAGCUCCAGAGAAGAUCAUUCCCUCCAUCCUGGCCUCCACUCUCCCUCAGCACAUGCUGCAAUUAUUGCAACCCGGCCCAAAGCUGAACGCUGGGGUCGCUGUGGAAUUUGCCUGGUGCCUUCAUUACAUCAUCUGCAGCCAGGUCAACAAUGCCCUGCUCAUCACCUAUGGGGCUCUGUCUACUCUGGGCCUGCUACUGUUAGACUUGGCUGGCGCUGUUCAGAGAACCGAGGAUGCAGGACUGGAGCUGCUAGCAUGCCCUGUGCUUCGGUGCCUAAGCAACCUGCUACCAGAGGCAGCGGUGGAGACUAUGGGAGGGCAAAUGCAGCUCAGAGAUGAGCGUGUUGUGGCAGCUUUAUUUAUCCUUCUGCAGUUCUUUCUCCAGAAACAGCCUAGCCUGCUUCCUGAGGGCCUCUGGCUCCUCAACAACCUCACUGCAAACAGUCCUAGUUUCUGUACUUCCUUGCUCUCCCUGGAUCUGAUUGAGCCCCUCUUGCAGCUGUUGCCUGUCUCGAAUGUGGUGAGCGUAAUGGUGCUCACAGUCCUGUGCAAUGUUGCAGAGAAGGGUCCUGCUUACUGCCAGCAGCUGUGGCCAGGGCCCCUGCUCUCCUCCUUGUUGCACAUACUAGCCUUCUCUGACACUGAAGUAGUAGCUCAGAGUUUGGAGCUGCUGCAGCUGCUGUUCCUGUAUCAGCCAGAGGCUGUUCAGGCCUUCCUGCAGCAAUCAGGGCUGCAGGCCCUGGAAAGACAUCAGGAGGAGGCCCAGCUCCAGGAUCGUGUGUAUGCACUCCGGCAGACAGCUCUUCACCGGUGACCUGGUUUCUCAGGGUCACUCAUUCUCCUUCUGUCCCCCUCAGCUUCUUUGCCCACUUUCUCUUAGGAGGAGACAGUGGAGCCUUUGGAGAUUUAGGAACAUAAAGAGGGCUCAUGCUCUCUGCUCCCACACCUAAGCUAAGACCUUUGGGCUCCAGCUCCUCUUUCAUCCAGCACUGUCUAGGCAAGAGAACCACAGGAGACUCAGUGUGGCGUACUUAUUCUGGGGCCCUGGAAUUCCCCUCCCUCCUUUAUUUUUGUUUCAGCUGCUGAUAGUUUUUGGUGAGGUAGAAUAAAGUUUCAUUUUGAUAUUAAA